AUUGGUGGUUAGUCAUAAUGGUAAAGGUGAUUUCAAAACCAUCCGAGCAGCCAUGGACUCUAUUCCUUCUGGUAACAAAAAUUGGAUUAAGAUUUAUCUUAAACAUGGAACCUACAACGAAAAGAUAGUCAUUCCGAAGGAGAAGCAAAAGAUAAUAAUGGAAGGAAACAAUGCAUCAAAAGUGAUAAUUCAAUAUAAUGAUGCAGGACUAGCCAAUUCGAGUGGUCCUUUAAGAGUUGACGCCGAAUACUUCGUCGCUAUCAACAUUACUUUCAAGAAUACGAAUACAAGGAUGACACCAAUAAUACCAUAUAAAGCGAUAAAGGUAGCUCCAUCAGUUAUACUAGCCGCGGACAAGGCGUGGUUCUAUGGCUGCAGCUUCAUCAGUGUCCAAGACACAGUCGCUGAUUUACUCGGCCGCCACUACUUUAUAAAUUGUUACAUUCUAGGAGCCAUCGAUUUCAUAUGGGGAGGAGGCCAAUCUAUAUACCAAAAUUGUGUGAUAUACGUUAAAGCAGUGACAUCAAAGGAACUGAUGAAGGAAGGAGGAAUGUUAGAAGGAUUCAUAACCGCACAAGGAAGGGAAAGCGAGGAAGACAAAAGUGGAUUUGUGUUCAAAAAUUGUUUGAUUCAAGGAGAUGGUAAGGCAUAUUUAGGAAGAGCUUACCGAAACUACUCUAGAGUUGUCUUCUAUGAAACCAACAUGUCCAAUGUUGUCGUACCUCGAGGAUGGGAUGCUUGGGAUUAUAACGACCAAGUGCAUAAAUUUACAUAUGCGGAGAUAAACUGCACAGGGGAAGGAGCGAAUAAGAAAGGAAGAGUUGGAUGGGAGAAGAAUCUUUCUGCUAAAGAUGUUAAAUUUCUUAUUGAACCCAAAAAUUUCAUUGACGAAGAUGCACAAUCUACUUCUCGUCGUCUCACUCUCAGCCCAUUCCAUCUUUAAUUUUGCCAUGAUUAACUUGCUCAAUCGCCAAUAGAUUUGUUUGAGAACAUCUUGAUUAUUAGUCUACUUAGAUUGUCAUAGUAGUGUCGAUGUUUCAAAUUAGCGAUAUGUGUGGCUUAGUACAUGUGACGUUAAGUAAACUCAGAUGUACAUU